AUGAUGUCCGUUAUACGGCGGACGAAAGCUUGCCACGUUUUCACCGGAAUCGAAAGAGAUUACCUCGAAAAGAGCGUCAGCAAGAAUGUUCCAGUUAAGCCAAUCGACAGCUGGUCAAGAGGGAUCCACUAUCGUCUUCUAGUGGGAUCGACCUUCGGACCUCCUUCACCAGGCACUUUCACUCGGAAUGGAAAACUAGAUCUCACUCUGACAGGCGAAUAUUUGAGCUUGCUUCCGGAUGAAUUCACCUCCCAAUUUGCCAGAGUCCAGCUCAUUGAAGAUGAAGACGGCCUAAUGCGCAAACCUCUGAAGGCGUAUCUUGAAGAACGAACCAGUUUGUUUGAGGUGUGUUAA